AUGAUGUAUCACCUACCUGUGGUUGACAUUCUGUUUUGCAUUACUGUACGACUUGCUUUUGCUUUUCCCCAAAAGCUGGCCCGACCAAACAAUUGCUGGAUGUUGGUAUCCACAAGAGAGCUUAAGGAUUGAGGCAUUUUGGAUACACUUUUGGAGGUUUGACUGACAUGUACGUAGGCCCAGGGAUACUCGAGGGACUUGCCAGGCACAGACGAAGUUAAUACCCGAUUCAACGUCCCAUGCCACAUGGUUGUUUUCGCUGCGGUCCGACGGAGAGGUGGAGAUAGAGGUGCGGCGGGUAGUUCGGGAGAGGGACUGACGUGGAUGUGGGUGUGA